GGUCAGUCGGAGUCAGAGCAGCGUCGAGGUCGGACAGCGAGAGACACACUCAACACGUCAGACAUGAGCUUCCAGGUUUGCCACUGCGGUUGGUCCAAAGACACGUCUUACAAGGGCCUGAGGAUUCACCAGGGGAAGAUGGGAUGCACAACGAAGGGAAUGGCGAUCCCUGAGAGUGAACAAUUCAGAUUUAACAAUUACCUCCCUCAACUAAUCUACCAGGGACCUCCCAUUAAAAUUGAAGAGCCUGUGAUGAAUAUCAUCCCUCCUCUCAUGUCCGGGAGUCAGCAGAACACCUGGGGAAAUCCCUGGGAAGACUCUCAUCAAAGGGACAGUGGACCACUUAACUGGAACACUCUAGUCAGGACUGAGAAAGCGCCUGUGUCUACCUACUUCACCACCCCAACUAUUCAAUCAACAGAAGAUGCAGUAUUAGAGAUAAUCACAUCAUUAAUGGGAACUCAAAACAUAGGCAGAACUCAGCGAAUGCUCGAUAUCGCCGGUGGUGCUCAGCCUUCGCUGACGCCGAUGUCUCCGAUCUUCGGCACCCAAGCCAAUCCUGCAGCCGCUGAAGUCACAGUGAAGGAGACAAACAACAUCUCUACAGUGUUUCAGACUCCACCGCAAUACAGCAGAAACAACCAAACCAUCACCAACGCUCGUAGAACGCUUGAUUUCUCCGAUGGUUCAGAGCAGCCUUCGCUGAUGCCGAUGUCUCAGAUCUCCGGCACCCAAGCCAAUCCUGCAGCCGCUGAAGUCACAGUGAAGGAGACAAACAACAUCUCUACAGUGUUUCAGACUCCACCGCAAUACAGCAGAAACAACCAAACCAUCACCAACGUUUGUAGAACGCUUGAUUUCUCCGAUGGUUCAGAGCAGGUGGCGCAACUGGCCUGGGGUCUUCCAACUACUUCAGCACAGGAAACAGUCAGUCUAAAGGACAGAGAAAAAGAAAAGGAGAGAGAGAAGGAGAAAGAGAAAGAGAGGGAGGCUCAAAAGCUACAAAAGGCGAGGCAAGACAGGAUGAAGGCUGAUUUACAGCAGAAAAUUCAGACGAGAGAACAAAAGAUGGCUGAAGUCAGAUCAUCUGUAAAAGCCUGCAAGGGCGACUUGGAUGCUGAAUGGCUGGAGAUCAACCACGUGUUCUCAGAGGUGAUGAAAGUCGUGGAGAACGCUUUGCAAAAGGCCCUCCAACCUCUGGAUGAGAGGAGACAGAGAGUGAAGAGAGAAGCCAAAGUUCUUGUCCAGAAACUGCAAAAGGAAGUUGACAAACUCAAAAUGACCAUUGAUGAGUUGGACAAAAAUCCAACAUUGCAGGUUUCACCUCAAACACUGGGUGACACUUCUGACUGGAAAAAUGACACUGUUGACACUGCAUUCUCCUUUGGUACACUGAGAACUACAACAGCAAUAAUGAUGGCAGAAAUUCACCAGGAACUGGAAAAACUCUCUUCCGUUGAACUCAAGAGGAUUCCCACAUUUGCAGUGGAUGUAAAGCUGGAUCCAAACACCGCACACCCAUCUCUUAUUCUUUCCCCCAACGGGAAGACGGUGAGAGACGGAGGAAAGAACCAGAAGGUUCCUGAUGCUCCACAGAGGUUUGACAUGUUUGGCAGCAUCCUGGGGCUCAACAGAUUGACCUCUGGGAGGUCCUACUGGGAGGUGGAGGUCAGCAACAAGACGGGGUGGGACCUGGGUGUAGCAAGACGCGAUGCAAAGCGCAAGGGGAAACUCUCGCUGAACCCAGAUAACGGUUACUGGGUCACCGUACAUUAUGAAGAUCAAAAGUACGCGGCCCUGGCGACGCCACCCGUCAGCCUCUCCCUGAGAGAGAAACCUCAGAAGGUCGGGGUGUUUGUGGACUACAGGGAAGGUCUCGUGUCCUUCUACGAUGUGACAGCGAAAUCUCACAUCUACUCGUUUACCGAGUGUUCGUUCUGUGAUGAGAUUUUCCCAUAUUUUAGUCCGCAUCUUAAACAAAACGAGAAGAACGCUCAUCCUCUGAUCAUCUCAUGAAGUGCAUGUAUUACUAGUGCACUGAUUGUCAUAAUGCACCAGGAGAUUGGGUGUACUGUUACAUUUUAACUGUGGUAUUGUAGUGACAUGUUUCUUGACACCAGCAAAGGGUUUAGAUUGGGUUUUCUGACCUGAUCAUCUGAGGUGUUUUGGGAUUGAUUACCUGUCCAAAUUUAGACUUUUUACUUCUUCUUUUUAAACAGGAUGUUUUUUUUUCAGACAUUGAUGAAGAUAAUUAGUUUUUUAUCGUUUAUAUCAUUCAUAUGCUAUAUAUUUUUCACUUAAGAAAUUUCUGGCUUUUAUCAAAAAUGUUUAUGAAAUUAGUUUUUGAACCAACUAAAGACUAUGAAAGAAAUGUUAAUGAAUUGAGAAUGUUACUGAAGUAAAAGUUUAAGUAUAACCAAUACUAAAUGGAGAAAAAUGUUAUUACAUUAUUUUGUACAUUAUUAUAUAUAAUUAUCAUGCAUUAAUAAAAAGGAUUUUACUGCU